AAGACUGUCAAACUGACGCUAGUGACGUAGAGUAUUACUCCGGAUCGAAGAAAAAGGAAAAUAUUUUCAUUUAAAAAAAUAACUAAAACAACAAAAGAACGCAGAAAUUACGUGUCAGCUUUAAAAUAAUUACGUUAACUUCAAUUAGUGCGUAAACGACGAAGGUUCUUUGUUUUUUAAAAGAAAUCCAAUCAACAGUUUCGGAACAAUGACUGAUUCCUGUGCUCUAGUUGACAAUGAGUUAUCUCGCGUUAUUUCAAAAUUUACAGCUAUUCAGGGACAUUCGAAUAGGGUCUUAGAUGAUGUAACUGCCAGCUUCGAGGGACUUCAGGAUGCCCUGAGCCAAAUACCGCCAGGUGGAAAUUUAACUCCCGAACAAAAUACCAUAUUGCGUGAACUAUUGGCAACAUCGAAAGAGAAAUUGCGACGCUUGACCACCGAACACCGUGAGCUCCAUGGAUUCGUCAGUAAAGUUGGUAAAACAAUCGAUCGCAAUUUCGUAUCCGAUCUAUCGUCAACAACCAAAACCGAUGUCUUGCUUGAAGAACACAAUAUCCAUUUGCUAAACAAAGUCAUCGCUCAACAUUUCUACCGUCAGGGCAUGGAUGAUGUGGCCGAGAGUUUAGUCCAAGAAGCGGAACUGCCAAAAGAAGACUUCACCCGAGAACCGUUUGCCGAGCUUCACAGUAUAUGGGAAUGCAUUCAAAAUAAAAAUAUUGCGCCAGCCUUGGAAUGGGCCGCCAGAUACUCUGAAGAAUUGAUGGCCAAAAACAGUACAUUGGAAUUUAAACUACACAGACUCGCCUAUAUGCAGAUACUUUUACAAGGCAUCAAUGCGCAAACGGAGGCUCUAAAAUAUGCUCGCACACAUUUCGCAAAAUUCGUUAACAUAUUCCAAAAGGAUAUUCAAAUUUUGAUGGGAGCACUAAUGUAUCUUCCAGUAGGUAUAGACCAUUCACCGUAUAAAACGCUAAUCGCACCGGAAAUGUGGAUCGAGGCAGCGGACACAUUUUUAAAGGAUGCCUGUCAAACACUAGGAAUUAUUAAGGACUCACCAUUAUCAAUCGUAACAAAUGCCGGUUGCGUAGCUCUGCCAGCCCUACUGAAUAUCAAACAAGUAAUGAUAUCAAGACAAGUACCGGGAAUUUGGAGUGGACGAGACGAAUUACCUAUCGAAAUUGAAUUAGAUCCGGAGCAUCGAUACCACUCAAUUUUCGCUUGUCCAAUUCUACGACAACAGAGCACCGAAGAAAAUCCACCGAUGAAGCUAACGUGUGGUCACGUCAUAUCCAGAGAUGCACUGAACAAAUUGAGCAACGGCCAACUAUCGCCCGCAUAUAAUUUCAGAUUGAAAUGUCCAUAUUGUCCGAUGGAACAAAGUCCUGCCGACGCUAAACUAAUUUAUUUCCAAUAAAUCAGCGAAAAAUGUAGCAAAUUUACGUAAUGUUUGUUUGCCACAUUUUCGUCUGAUAAAAUUUCGUUAGACUAACCGAUUUAUAUUAAAUAUUGUUGGUAAAAUUAUAUGGGAGAAAUCGUUUUCAUUUUUAAUAAAGUAGGAGCAGAAAAGAAACAAAAAAUUUAUCGAGAUGUAUAACUUCAUGGAUCUAUAUAACUUGCAUUAAAAAAAAAACUAAAAAAAAAAAGUUAAAAAAAGAAAGUUUAAAUUUACAAAAAGAAAAAGAAAAAUAUUUUUAUGAUAAGUUGAUUUAAUGGUAUCAUUGAUAGUGUUACAGCAUUCGAAUAGAUAGAGAGUGAGAGAGCAGAUCGUUUAAAAAUAUAUUUCAUGCGGAAAAUGGAUUAAGAUUGAAAUUAAAUAAAAUGAAAAAUUGUUUCAAGUCGAGAAUCAAAAUAAAGGAGAAAAAUCUAAAGUGAAAA